AUGCCUCGGCCAUCGAUCGUGAGCCACCAGUGCGGCAUAGCGUCAACAAUUUACCGGCACACGGCGGCAUCGGACGACAACGAAACAUCGUCGGGAGCGGCGGCACACCAGCCCCGGACAGAUCAACAGGACGAGCAGCGAAGCCCACCGAACGGGAAGUAUUCCGGCUCCAGCGAGAACUUUGGCCCCGCGGCGAGCGCACUGGCGCCGAACCCGAACGGUGGUGGUGGCGGUGGCGGUGGCGGUGGUGCCCUGGCGCCGGCCUCACUGCAGGCGGCCUCACCACAAACGAUGACACUGACGGCGGCGGAUAAAAAUAAAACCAAGCUGCUGAAGUGUCACUGUGACAUCUGCAAGGACGAGAACUACGUCUGCGAAACGGACGGCGUGUGCUUCACGUCGCUGUCGCGCGAAGCGGACGGUGAUCUCAAGUACUCCUACAGUUGUAAGAAGAAACAGUACGACCUGGCCGAUCGGCUGCCCCUGAGUUGUCUAACCUCGAAGGAGAAGACCACCUACUUCAACAUCGAGUGUUGCUCCACUGACUUCUGCAACCAUAACAAACUAUUGACACUGCCCAAACCAGCACCGGAAGAGGAUAAGGGUAAGCUGCACCUGAUAUUGAUCGUGGUGACGGUGCUCCUGCUGCUCGUCAUGACAUUCGUCGGAGCUACGUACUUCUUUGGGCGCCGUAAGCGCAACAGUGGCGCCCGUCAGAUCCUGCCCGAGGACUCCGUGUGCGGUGCCAGCUAUCCGAUCCUGAAUGGGCACACCACCAUCCAGGAUCUGAUAGAGAUGACCACCUCCGGUUCCGGAUCAGCCGGAUUGCCGUUGUUGGUGCAGCGAUCGAUCGCUCGUCAGAUCCAGCUGGUGGAGGUGAUCGGCAAGGGACGCUUCGGCGAGGUAUGGCGCGGUAGAUGGCGCGGUGAAAAUGUGGCCGUAAAGAUCUUCUCCAGCCGGGAGGAGUGCUCGUGGUCGAGAGAGGCCGAAAUUUACCAGACGAUCAUGCUGCGUCACGAGAACAUUCUCGGUUUCAUUGCCGCCGACAAUAAGGAUAACGGUACAUGGACGCAGCUGUGGCUGGUGACGGAUUACCACGAGAACGGUUCGCUGUUUGAUUUCCUGACCUCACGGUGCGUCAGCCCCGACACGGUGCUCGAGAUGGCGUACUCGAUAGCGACCGGUUUGGCCCACCUGCACAUGGAUAUCGUCGGUACGCGCGGCAAACCGGCCAUCGCCCAUCGGGAUCUCAAGUCGAAGAACAUUCUGGUCAAAUCGAACCUCACCUGCUGCAUAGGCGAUCUGGGGCUGGCCGUGCGGCACAUCGUCAGCACCGACAAGGUGGACAUCCCAUCGACGCACCGAGUCGGCACCAAGCGCUACAUGGCACCGGAGGUGCUGGACGAAACGAUCAACACGGAUCAGUUCGAUUCCUUCAAACGGGCGGACGUGUACGCGCUCGGGCUCGUCCUGUGGGAAAUUGCCCGGCGGUGUAACUUUGAUGGCACGUACGAAGAAUAUCAGCUGCCUUUCUUCGACGUGGUACAGCCCGAUCCUACCAUCGAGGAAAUGCGGAAGGUGGUCUGUAUGGAUCAGCAGCGACCGAGCAUACCGAGCCGAUGGGUCGGUUGCGAGUUGCUGCACGCAAUCUCGAAGGUGAUGAAAGAAUGCUGGUACCAAAAUCCUGCCGCACGACUGUCCUCACUGCGAAUUAAGAAAACGUUGGCCAACCUCCGUUAG